AUGAAUCAGUUGUCAAAGUCUGUUCCUAGCACUAUUGGGAAGUUGCAGAAUUUGGUUAAUCUGUCUUUGGCAAAUAAUAGACUAGAAGGUUCUAUUCCUGUGUCAAUGGGAAGCAUGAUCAAUUUGGCAAAUCUCGAUUUGUCAUACAACAACCUCUCUGGUUCAAUUCCAAAGUCUUUAGAAGAACUUCAACACCUCGAUUACUUUAAUGUCUCUUUCAAUAGUUUAAGUGGAGAAAUUCCUAACGAAGGUUCUUUCAGAAACUUCACUAUGGAUUCUUUUAAGGGUAAUGAGGCAUUGUGUGGAAUCCCCAAGUUCCAUGUCCAAAUUUGCUCUUCAAUUUCUAAUCACAGAUCAAAGAGAAAGAAGGUGGAACGAGCUUCAUUUAUUGUUUUCGGGGUUGUGGCUUUAAUCUCAGUUGUUUCUUUGGCCUUUAUAAUUGUAAAAAAUAAAAGGAAAGAUAAGACGACUAGCAGAGAAGUUGAUGAGUUGACAUUCAUUGUGCCGGAAAGAAUCUCUUAUUAUGAACUGCUGCAAGCAACGGAAGGAUUCGAUGAAAGCAAUUUACUUGGCACCGGGAGUUCUUGCUCUGUUUAUAAGGGAAUUCUUAACAAUGGGAAGGAUAUCGUUGUCAAGGUGUUUAAUAUGCAGCUGGAAGGUAUUUCAAAAAUAUUUGAUGUCGAAUGUGAGAUACUACGUAGCAUUCGGCACAGGAAUCUGACAAGCGUCAUAAGCAGUUGCUCCAAUGAUGAGUUCAAGGCAUUAGUACUUGAAUAUAUGCCAAAGGGAAACCUUGAAAAAUGGUUAUAUUCCCACAACUAUUGCUUGAAUAUGAUGGAAAGAUUGAAUAUAAUGAUUGAUGUUGCUUCUGCUUUGGAGUAUCUUCACCACGGUUAUUCAAUGCCCAUUGUCCACAGCGACUUGAAGCCUAGUAAUGUGCUGUUAGAUGAAGACAUGGUUGCCCAUGUAAGCGACUUUGGGAUAGCAAAGUUGUUAUGCGAUGGAGAUAGCUUUGUGUUAACCAACACGCUAGCAACAUUCGGUUACAUCGCUCCAGAGUAUGGCUUGGAAGGGCUAGUUUCAACAAAGUGUGAUGUGUAUAGCUACGGGGUGAUGUUGAUCGAAACUUUUACGAGAAAAAGGCCUAGUGAUGAUAUGUUUUGCGGAGAUAUGAGCUUAAAGAGAUGGGUAGAACUCUCACUUUCGGAGAUCCCGGAUGAAGUGAUAGAUGCCAACUUAGUCAUGAAUUUGGAGGAAGAAAUGAUUGACAAGAAUAUGCAGUGUGUAUCAUCCAUACUUGAAUUGGCUCUUAAAUGCUCUGCCGACUCUCCCGGGGAUAGAAUCAACAUGAAACAAGCACAUGCAAAGUUGCAGAAAAUUAAACAUCGAUUUUCCCAAUGAGAUUCAAGUAAGCUAUUUCAAAGUUCUAAGAUAAUAUUGUUCUAUUACCAUUUUAUUGAUGCUCAAGGUUUUUCUAUCCAAUUUUCCUCCAUAUUUUAUGUUCUUGAGUUUACAUAUUUUAUUGUGUCUGUGUUUCUUCCUAUGCUUUAUC